AUGUAUGUUAUCUUAUUAGAAAAUGAACAUAAAGAAAGAAAUGAUGAGUUACUUAAACUGGAAAAUGAAGAAAGAAAAGUUGCUUUAAAAGAAUAUUUUAUUAAAGCAAAAAUUACUAAAGUAGAAACACGAAUGUUAGAAGCUAAAGCUGAAGAAUUUUGUAUUUCAUAA